AUGGUGAAGGUGGUCCACAAUAUUCCCAGGAUGUUGGUUUACCUUCCUUCUCAGCUCAAUGUCCGCUCUCAGCUGAACCAGACUCAGUCCAGUGUGGCAGGUUUGGUGGAGGUGUUGUCAGGAAGGAGGAGGCUGUGGGCUUUGGGGGAACUAGCGGCUAUAGAGAGUGGAUACACGCAGGCUCUAGAGCUUAAACACUCAUAUCCACAGUUGAAGCCGCUCCCCAGGACUGUCGCAGUGAGGACGGUGUACGAGUUCAGGAACUGGAGUUACCAGGUUCAACAUGGAGCUGUGUGGGGAGGCCAGGAGUUCAGCUUGUCUGGUCUCUACUCUUCACCUCCAGCACUGGAGAUGGGGAACCAGACCCUGAAGGUUCAGAUCAACUGCAUUCCCCGUUGGACCACUUUGGAGGUGACUCUCGAGCGUUCCUUAUAUGGCCGACUGGACAGUGUUUUACUGGGCUGGACCAGGCAUGGUCGACUGGAGCAGGUCAGAGCUCUGAGCUGGUGGAGUCGAUCAGACGAGAUGAAUGAGACCAAACUGGAGCUGAAACAGCCCUUCUCCUCCACACUCAGCCAGAUGUCCCUUCACACGCUGUCUCACAGCUCGCAGAGGGAACGACGCAGCAGCCGCCAAACCUCGCUAUCAUGGGGCAGCUCAGUUCCUGUCAAUAUCACUGUCACCCUGAACAAACAGUGGCAUAACCACUCCAGUAUGGGGCAGGCAUGUGCUCUGUUCUCAUCACAGAUGGUGUCUUUGGUUAAAGGUUGUGUGUCAGUGGGUCAGGAGGGAAACUCGUAUUCACAGAAUGCAGAGCUAAGAUGGGACAACAGGAGUGUCAAGCAAGGCAUGAAGUACCAGAGGGCUCCACGAGGAAUGCACAGUCUUCAGGUGAAUGUCGGCCUGGACAAAGUGUCUCCUGCACCCUGUCCGUCACACACACUGCUGACAAAGAUUCAGACCAACCUCAGGGAUCGCUUGGAGCACACGGUACUGCUGGGCCUCUGCCCCCCACAGCCUACUCUGUCAUGGUCAGGCUCCCACAGAGUGAACUCGGGAGAGGAGCUGUUUUACACACAGUCUCGGCUCUCGGUCACAGGCCGGCCCUACCAGUGCAGCCUCACCUUUGCCUUGACCAACUCCUCGACGGCUCAGAGCUCCAACAUUUCUCUGUUCUCCGAGUCUAGGAUUGGUAAUUGGAGUGUUGAGGUCGGGGGAAGUGCCCUGUCUUGGCCCGGGAGGUCUGGUGUCCAGGUGCAGGCCAGACUGGACGGCAGAGAGAAGAUCUGGCUGAACGGGAAAGCAGAGGGACGAUGUCUUCAGACCACAGCAGGUUACACCAACGGUCCAGGUCUGAACGAGGAUGUCGCUGUGGUGGCAUGUGUUGGAAGAAAUCUCAGUUUGAUGCUGGACGUGCAGCAGAGAGGCGGCAGCAGCAAACCUCAAACUCUGGGCAGCGCGUCCGUAUCAGCCAGUCAGAGGCUGAUGCUUCGAGCGAGCGGCUGUUUGGAAAGUCUAACUGCAUUGGAGGCACGGCUCCAAUACUGGAGUUCUCAGAUACAGAAUAAGUUGCUGAAGAGAAUCAAGACAUUACAGCAUCUUGUUGUUGAAUUCAGGCGGCAGUCCAGGGCCAGUGAGUGGCUCCAGGAGCUGAGCGCUGUGCCCCUUCAUGUUUCCCAGCGAGCAGAGACUCUGCUGGAGCACAGAGGCAGAGGUUUGUUGGCUCUGUGGCAGAACAGCCCGCAGCGCCGCAUCCUGACUCACAGCCUGCCUCGCUUUCUUGGUCUGCUGCAGCACGCCUCUCUGCUGGGACAACAGGAACUGAGGAGGCCCCUGGCCACUCUGGCAGGCGUGUACCAAGAUGUGAAGGGCCAGAGGUUGGAGGUGUUGUGGAGGGAGGCGGUUUCGUUGUGGACUGACGGGCUGGUGGAGGUCCUACCUCUGCUGUUGGAGAACCCUCAGCUGAGUUCGCUGGCUCAGGCCAGUGUCGCCACGCUCAGCGUCGCCCUGGACGUGGCAGGACAACAUACCUACCACUGGGUGGACACCAGGUUGGCAAUGGCUCUGUCUGGAGUCAGGAAACACCUGGCCUCUGUCUACAAAUUCUCCCCCAGUGAGUGUUCAGUGGUUGCGUCAGUGCCGCUGCCGCCGCUUCCCCGGUCCAGGGUGUCUGAGGCUGGACUGGUUGAGAUCCUUCUGGAGGAGUGGCUCCUGAGACCCCUGCAGACCCUCGCCUUCGUCAGGCCCACAGCUGAACUUUACCGCCUCAAAAGGAAGAUCAUGGACAGCCCAUUUAAACACCAAGCUUUGCUGGUGGCAGAUCAGUUUGUGGUGACAUUUGACGGUCACCUGUACGAGCUCCCGGGCUCCUGCCCGCUGCUCCUCGCUCAAGACACCCGCAUACCUUCCUUCUGA